GAGCACCGUCGCACUUGCUUUGGUCUGCAGACCCAGGCAAUCGAAAACUCGGAAACGUGUGCACCUUUCCGGCAGCAAAAUUGACUCUGCGUUCUUUGCAGCCUCGACUUGAAGGCUGCGCUGGGAGAAAGUCUGUGCCUCCGGGAAAGUUUGGAAACGGAACUACGGGAGAGGCCAGACAUCGGGGAUUUUGCGGGCCCUGCGAUGUCUUCCAGAGCUUUUCAAGUGGGGAGAGAAGAGCGACAAAAUGAAAAUGCAUCGUGUAGGGGAGCCCGCCCGAGUCCCGCAAGUUGUCGGUCGCAGAGGUACACAGCUGCUCCUAGCAUGACCGUGAUCUGAUCAGCAACCACGAGAACCUGACUCCCGUGUGGGGUGCCUUAGUGCUGGGGCCUGGUCACCGCCCACAACUCCAGAGCUGCCAUGGCUGCUGCCGCUACGUCCACCCCUGUCAUUUCACAGCCCCAGUUCACAGCCAUGAAUGAACCACAGUGCUUCUACAAUGAGUCCAUCGCCUUCUUUUAUAACCGGAGUGGAAAGUACCUUGCCACAGAAUGGAACACAGUUAGCAAGCUGGUGAUGGGACUUGGAAUCACCGUCUGUAUCUUCAUCAUGUUGGCCAACCUGCUGGUCAUGGUGGCGAUCUAUGUCAACCGCCGCUUCCAUUUUCCUAUUUAUUACUUAAUGGCGAAUCUGGCUGCUGCGGACUUCUUUGCUGGGUUGGCCUACUUCUACCUAAUGUUCAACACAGGACCCAAUACUCGGAGACUGACUGUUAGCACAUGGCUCCUGCGUCAGGGCCUCAUUGACACCAGCCUGACAGCCUCUGUGGCCAACUUACUGGCCAUUGCAAUCGAGAGGCAUAUUACGGUUUUCCGCAUGCAGCUCCACACGCGGAUGAGCAACCGGCGGGUGGUGGUGGUGAUUGUGGUCAUCUGGACCAUGGCCAUUGUUAUGGGGGCCAUACCCAGUGUGGGCUGGAACUGCAUCUGUGAUAUUGAAAACUGUUCCAACAUGGCACCCCUCUACAGUGACUCUUACUUGGUCUUCUGGGCCAUUUUCAACUUGGUGACCUUUGUUGUCAUGGUGGUUCUCUAUGCUCAUAUCUUUGGCUAUGUUCGCCAGAGGACUAUGAGGAUGUCUCGGCAUAGUUCUGGGCCGCGGCGCAAUCGGGAUACCAUGAUGAGUCUUCUGAAGACUGUGGUCAUCGUGCUUGGUGCCUUUAUCAUCUGCUGGACUCCUGGAUUGGUGUUGUUACUUCUUGACGUGUGCUGCCCACAGUGUGACGUUCUGGCCUAUGAGAAGUUUUUCCUUCUGCUUGCCGAGUUCAACUCUGCCAUGAACCCCAUCAUCUACUCCUACCGCGACAAGGAGAUGAGCGCCACCUUCAGGCAGAUCCUCUGCUGCCAGCGCAGUGAGAACACCAGCGGCCCCACGGAAGGCUCCGACCGCUCAGCGUCCUCCGUCAACCACACCAUUCUGGCUGGAGUUCACAGCAAUGACCACUCCGUGGUUUAGAAAGGAAACUAAGAUGAGACGCGGCCAUCAUCUACUGAGGGAUGAUCAUCCUCCCCCUUCCCAAAGGCACGGGCAGGGCGGGGUGUGAGAGAGAGGAAAAACACACUCGAGUACUUAAACACUAACCCAUGGCAGUAUUUGUUCCUAGACCCACCAAGACUUGAUGUAUAUUGAAAAAUUAGCUUAUGGGACAUCCCUCAUCCUGCUCCCCGUUCCUUUUGAAAGUAGAAAGUGGAGACCUUGCAAUAGAAUUCAUAAACAGACUCUGGAGUGUCCAUUUACACUAUACUAACUAGUCUUCAAAAGAUUUUGUGUGGUUUGGUGCAAGUCAGAAUCAAUUCUGACUAAUUGAAUCCACAACUUCAUUUACAUACAGGCUUCCCUUUUUUUCUUUUUAAAGGUUACAUUUCAUUUAAUAAACAUGUUUAUGCCUAUCAGCAUGCUUGUGAUGGAUAAGACUAUAGACUGUUUUUAAACAAUAACUCCAUUUUUUUCCUUAUGUAGGAAAACUGUAAAUUAGAAUUACUUUUUUUAGAAAGCAUGCAUGUAAUGUAUGUAUGCAGUAUGCUGUACUUAAAAAGAUAAAAGGGUAUUAAUUUUAAAUCUUCUAGGAAAUAGAAGAACCUAGAUGUCAAAGCCAGUAUUUGUUUAGGUUAUGAAACAAACAAUGAUCUAAUCACAAUAUUACCUUUUUUUAUUAAAGUGUUAUAACAUGUAUAAAACAAACAGGGAAUGUAAGUUUAUUAUCAGAAGAAUGUGUACUCUAUAAAAGUUAUAGAGAUGAGCACAGUGGUAUUGUUCCCACAUAUUUAUAGUACCCAAGUACAUUCUAAUUAUUAGUUCAUCAGAGGAAUUUUUUAAUGACCUGUGUUUUUCUGUAUUAUAAUACAUAGUCAUUGUAGAAAACUUGAAAAAUACAGAAAUGUAUAAAACAGAAAAAAUACUGAUAAUAUCACAACUCAGAAGUAACCACCAUUAACAGCUUUUCCCCUGUGUAUGCCUAUAUGUAUAUUAUAUACCUUUUUAUAUAAUUGGGAUCAUACUGUAAACAGUUUUAUAACCAGUUUGUUUUUUCCACUGCAUAAUUGCCACAUUUUCCUAUGGCAUUAAAAAUUUUACAAAAACAUAAUUUUAAUGGC